AUGCCGGGGCUGUGAGUCGCAGCAACGUCGCAUUUUGUGCUCGGUCAUCGCUGCCUUUCGGCGAGUCGUCACGCGUUUGUCGUGGAACAAGUACACGCUUUCUCGGAGUCGAACUUCGCUUGAAACAGGGUGGUGUAGGCACCCACCAAGACCGUGCUGGUAGGUGGCAAGGGGCGAGAGCAGCAUGUCGCUCUGGGCCCGUCUGCAGGAGCUUCCCGGGGAGCUCUUACGCCAGUGUCAGCUGGCCUAUGGCGAGCACUUCCCCAUGGAGGUUAGGUGUGCCUUGUCCCAAUGGAUCGAGGAGAAGCCUUGGCAGGACAUGGACCCUGACAACCCCUCUUUCGAAAUGUAUGCACCGUCUGUGGUGGCCUCCCUGCUCGAGGAGCUGCAACUCAAGGCCUCCACCGAGGAUAACUUUGUCAUGCGGCUCAAGCUCCUGGAAGCCGUGAACUCCUUUAAGCAAAACUACGGCCACAACCCAUGUGCCCUGAUUCGUGUGAUCAAGAACUGCCUUGCCACUGAGAUGCGCAUAAUCCAGCAGGCAGAGAACUGUAGCCGACUGGCCUCCCAUAUGCCAGGCCCCCAUGAUCCGCACACGGAAAUAACCCAGCAGUUGGACACAUUGCGAAGGCGCACACAGGAGAUGGAGGACGAACUUCGCCGCAUGAUCCAGAUUCAGGAGUCUUUUGUGAUCCAGUACCAGGAGUGCCAGAAGCUGCAAGCACACUACCAGCAGCUUUCAGCGCAAAACACUGGUCAGACCAAUGUGGAGCUGCUCAACAAGAUGCACAACGAGAGCAAGGCCAUGGAGCAGGCAAUUCGGCAGCGAAUCAGCGAGCUGCGUGAAAUGCGCAUUGCCUUUUCAGAAAAGCAGCAGGAGUCGGCUAAUCUGCUGGCCACACUACAGACACGAGUGCUGGACAACGAGCUCAUUAAGUGGAAGCGUGCCCAGCAACUUGGUGGGAAUGGAGUUACUUUUGAAAACAACCUUGACCAGAUCCAAGAGUGGUGUGAAGCCCUGGCAGAGCUUAUCUGGCAGAACUGGCAGCAGAUCAAGAGGGUCGAGCACUUGGCAUUGCAGGUGCCCAUAGGAGGCGGUCAAGCUCCACAAAUUGCCGACCGCUUCAAGGCCCUCAAUGCCCAUAUUACCAACCCUUCCUCUCUCGUCACCAGCACGUUCAUCAUUGAGAAGCAGCCUCCUCAGGUUAUGAAGACCAACACCAGGUUCACAGCAACGGUGCGCCUUCUGGUUGGGGGCAAGUUAAAUGUUCACAUGACACCGCCUCAAGUCAAGGUGUCUAUCAUCAGUGAAGGCCAGGCGAAUGCCCUGCUGAAAAGUGAGAAAGUCGGUGUUGGAGAGGCAAGUGGAGACAUCCUGAAUAAUACAGGGACCAUGGAGUACCACCAGGCUACAAGGCAACUGAGCGUCAGCUUUAGGAACAUGCAAUUGCGGAAAAUCAAGCGAGCGGAAAAGAAAGGCACUGAGUCCGUCAUGGAUGAGAAAUUCGCAUUGCUGUUCCAAUCCCAGUUCAAGGUCGGAGGUGGAGAGCUAGUGUUCCAAGUUUGGACGUUGUCACUACCUGUGGUGGUGAUCGUGCAUGGAAAUCAGGAGCCACAUGCCUGGGCCACAGUCACCUGGGACAAUGCUUUUGCCGAGCCGAGCCGUGUUCCGUUCGCGGUGCCCGACAAGGUCCCCUGGCACCAGCUGGGUGAAGUGCUCAGCAUGAAGUUUAAGUCGGCGACGGGGAGGGGCCUGUCUGAGGACAACUUGCGGUACCUGGCUGGAAAGAUCUUCCGAGGCCAACCGAUUAAGGACGGCAACAACACACUCGUCAGCUGGUCUCAGUUCUGCAAGGAGCCGUUACCAGAACGGAACUUCACUUUCUAGUGGUUUUAUGCCAUCAUGAAAGUCACCCGUGAGCACCUUCGAGCAUUGUGGAACGACAGGUAUGUGCGACUUCAUAAGCUUUAUUUGUGGUGGUGGGGCUUUGUUGGCCGCCGCGAGGCAGACGAAAUGCUUCGACAAGGCUGCAACGGGACAUUCCUGCUGCGUUUCAGCGACUCUGAGCUGGGCGUCACCAUCGCUUGGCUCCACGAGGAUCCUCAGCAAGACUCAAAAGAAGUGAUAAUGAUCCAGCCGUUCACGAGCCGAGACUUCACAAUCCGAAGCCUGGCGGACCGGGUGAGCGAUCUCCAGCAACUCACCUUCAUGUACCCCGACAUACCCAAGGAUCAGGCGUUCGGGAAGUACUACACUCCUGUUACAGACACUCAGCCUGCCAUCAGCAAUGGCUACGUCAAGCCAGUCCUUGUCACUCAGAUACCAGGGUUGUCGGGGAUGUUGAACCUCGUAGACAGCAACCCAUCCACGCCUCAGUCGUAUUUCCACCCGCACUCACCGGACACAGGAGCGAGCAUCUACCACGAUGGUUCCUCCCUUGACCAGGCCAUGCAGGCGGGGCUGUCGGCAGCGCCUGACCUCGACUACAACCUGUGCGACAUGGGCGAGGUGGACUUUGCAGAGUUGGAUAUCCCCGUCGAUUUUACAAACUUCAACGUUACCGAGCUCACGCCGUACCCUACCAAAGCUAACUGAGCUCCUCCCUCCCCCUUCUUCUCUGACAGGGAAUCCAAUUCUGACACAAAAUUGUUGGCUUGAAAAGCCGCAAGUUACGUGUUCUGAGGCGAGGUGUUGGGAUUUUUCUUUUCAUCUUUGUGUGAUUCACACCCAUCCUACAUUUCAAGGAAUCCUCGUGAAGCCUCAUUUCUUGGAGCUCCUUGGUAUGCUCUGUACAGAUUUCAGUGCUUUGUUGAUAUCGUAGUUCCAAGAUGCUGCCACCAGUCUUGUGAGGACGGCCCUUCAGUGUCAGAGACCUUUAUA